GUGUCUCAGGAGGAGACGACAACCAUCGCUGAAUGGUCGGAAGCUUCUUUCAGUCUCAGUGCCAUAAUUGCAAUUGGCGGCGUUUGUCGAGUGGGAGCGAGCAUCCGCGAGCACAGCAAUCAGGGACAACAAACAGCGUCACCACUGGCCGGCAGGAAUCGUAGGGUUGGAUCGUCAGAAGGAAGGAGAAAGGAAAAAGGGAGCGUAUUGCAGACUUGUGGAGGGGAACAUGGAGGAGCCGGCGAUCGGUUGGCGAUGGUCGAUGAGAAGCGCGCGAUAUGCGAUGGGUUGCCUUCUCUGUCUUGUGGUGGUGAUGAGCGAUCUCGAUAUCGCGUCGAAGGCGCGUAUGACUGCAGUUGCUCAGGCUUCGCCGCGAACUGGCACGCGGGUGUGCAUUCGAGGAGAAGUGGAAUGCAAGUCCGGGAGACGAAGGUGCAUCCCGGAGUUCAGUUUUUGCGAUGGAAAGAAAGACUGCGAUGAUGGCUCGGAUGAAGGAGAUCACUGUGUGGAGUUCGACUGCGGGCCUCGCCGAGGAAAAUGUCCCAGCAAACGGAUGUGCACUGCCAAACAAACAUGGUGGCCGGAUGAUGACGACAUUUACCAUCCUUUUGAAUGGUACCUGUGCAAUGGAGUCGUUGACUGCUAUGAGUGGAGUGGAAUGAAGUGGAAUGGAGUGGAGUGGAGUGGAGUGGAGUGGAGUGGAGUGGAGUGGAGUGGAGUCGAGUGGAGUCGAGUGGAGUCGAGUGGAGUCGAGUGGAGUAGAGCAGAGCUGAGCAAAGUAGAGUAGAGUAGAGUAGAGUAGAGUAGAGUAGAGUAGAGUAGAGUAGAGUAGAGUAGAGUAGAAUGUUGUGGAGUCGAGUAGAGUGUCAUGAAGUAUCAUAGAGUAGAGUGGAGUGGAGUGGAGUGGAGUGAAGUGGACUAAGUAUCGUAGAGUAGAGUAGAGUAGAGUAGAGUAGAGUGGAGUGGAGUGGAGUGGAGUGGAGUGGAGUGGAGUGGAGUGGAGUAGAGUAGAGUAGAGUAGAGUGGAGUAGAGUGGAAUAGAGUGGACUAGAGUGGAGUAGAGUAGAGUAGAGUAAAGAGUAGAGUGGAGU